AUGCAACAACGUCCAACCUGCACCAACAUUCGCAUCCGCUCCACCCGCGACGCCCACAAGAUAUUCUAUGCCGUCCAGCACAACCUCCUCCCAAUGGUCACAAGGCGUCUGGAUGCCGACGAACGUCUCGCCCUCUGUUCUGGCUGUGUCUACGCUUGGGAGGAGAGAGGGCCUCACACAGAAAUAACAGGUCUCGGAAUAGAGCGCUUCACCGAGGGCCGCCGUUGGAGCCCGUCGCGUGUCAGAGACGAAUUCUUAUUCUAUUACGAAAAAUACACGCCACCUGCAGACGCCAGCCAGUCCGGCAGUUCUCCCGAUAAGCAGCCACCACGAGACUGGGACCCUCUCGUCAAGCAGACAUACUCUGUGUGGGUCGAGACAGAAAAGGGUCGUCGAAAAUGGCACCUCACCGCGUACUUCACUCAAGCAACAGUAGACCAACUGGGCACAAUAGAUGAUAUCCCUGGCGUCGCAGACCUUAUCGUCCCAGAAGGCACAUUCCAGAGUACCCGUGUCAGUAAGAGCCGCAAGGGCGACGACUCACGCGCACGAAAUAAUGAUGUUCUCAAACCAAGUACUUCCACUGUAACACGCACUUAUGCCCCAUUCCCAUCUGCAUACCCCACUUCAAUCGACACUUCAAAUAUGCAUCGUGAAUCACAGCGACCAGGUCUAGGCCAUACCCAACAGGAAAAUUAUUAUAACCAAUCUACCCCUCAAAUACCCCAUGUACUCUGUACCACCACCCCUACUUCCUUCUUCCAGUACCCCAUAUUCGCUUCCGCCACUUCGUGCGCAGUACGAACCUGA